CCGCCUCCCGCUCCAGCUCCUCCCGCCUCAGCGCUUCCCGCCGGCCCCCUCAGGAGUUGCCGGGAAUCAGGAGCCGCCGCAGCCCUCGGCGGCCGCCGGAGCCCCGCUCCCGGCAGGAGAGGAUGAUGAGGUGAGGCCACGGCGGAGGUGCGGACAACAGCGGCGCAGUGGCUGCCUUGGAGCUGAGGGAGAAGUCCACAGAAAGUUUGUUCCUCCUGGCCAAUGCACUCUAUGGUGCAAGACAAGGAAGGGACACGGGGACAGUCCCUCCUGGCCCACUGAGCUGCUUCCAGCGUCCCAGAGAGGGCUGGGGAAUCUACAAGGAGGAGGGACCGAUAAUGGAGCCACCACAGCUUGUGGCUCACAGAUGGCAGAGGAGCAACCUGCUAUCAGGGCGUCUGUCUGUGUUCCUGCCAAAAGCACAGAUGAUAUUUCCUAGCUUGUUUUAAAGGGAGCCCUGCUGGAAGUUCUGUGUUUCACUCAUCUUCUGUGCUGUUGCAGCCUGCUUCAGUAACCAAGCUGAGGCUGCUGAGCUACUGUGUCAGAACUGUGGCUGGUUGUGUGUUAAAGGUGCAAAGGAAGCAGUUUUGAGGUUUCACAGAGAAAACGAUGCACCGAUACACCACCACGCACUCUGUUUGGUGUUUGUGUGCAGUGUGUAAAAACCACAAGUCAACUCCAUCAUCACACAACACAAUCAUCACUUCAUUGCAGUGGUGAUUCAGCUGCUCAUAAAGCUCUGAAUGGAGCUGGUGAGCUCCAGAGCUGUGUGAGACAAGCUUACUGCAACCUGCGUGUGGAAACAUCUGCACUGUGUGAUACCAGUUAAAUGGCUGCUCACAUGUUUCUCUGGUGAGUAACUGGGAACUCAUUUGCUGGUUUCUGCUUUCAAAUAGCAAGACUUUCCUUUUCAAGGCUCAGUUUUAGUGCGGGAGGACACUGGCCUUGCACUUAGAGAACCAGAUGGCAGUCUUUCCUGAGCUGUCUCGGGUUUUCUUAGGAUGCACUGCAGUCGCUCAGGCUUUGGAGCAGAAUUUGUUUCAUAAGUAUGUGGUCUCUGUGAAGAACUUUAAAAAACAGCACAAAACUACCAAACCCAAGAAAAGUAAUUUCUUUUGGCACUUCUGCAGCAGCGGAGAGUUGGGAUUUUCCAGCAGACAAUGGGGAAAUAGCUAGAGGUGGUGACAAUUCCUCUUUUAGGUCUCGUGGACGGCCCAACUUUCUACAUUCACUUUUCAUGCUGUCCCAGCAGUCACUUUCUAAACACUUUUUCCGUGCAAGAGGUCAGUUUGGACAGCCCAAGGAAUGCUUUAUAGAUAUUUGAUUUACCACUGCCUGCAGACAGAGUGUUGGCAAAGAUCUCUUGAUACCCGAGAGCAAAGCACCCAGGCCCAGCCAGUACUGCCUCACGCCGUUUUAAGUCUAUCCAGCAAAUCUUACUGCUAAAUGACAUAUUUCCUGCAAAGAUAAAUCUGCCUGUGAGACCCUCACGAAGAGCUUGCUGGCAGCAGCGGUGAGUCGUGGCUGCUGAGCUCCCACUGCUGUGCUCCCGGGUGCCUGGAAGUGCUGUGCAGUCAGUGGAGCACAGGAGACCUUUCGGCGUCGCUCCAAAACCGAUCCGUUGCGUUCCGCAGCCGCUCCGUGCCGUCAUCUUGCCGUCCCCUGGUCCCGAGGGCUCCUCUCGUCAUGAGCUCCUUCGAGGAGGCCGAAACAGAGGAGACAGUGACGUGCCUGCACCUGACCUUCUACCACCCUGGCCAGGCCGAGAGGAUGGUGUUCCGCUGCCUGGAUUUCUGCCGGCGCCAGCGCGUCCGGGCGGACGACACGGCCAGGUUCGGCCGCGACUCCAGCCUCUGCCACUACAGCCUGGUGGACACGCGCGUCUCCCGCCUCCAGUUCUCCCUGCAGUUCUACAGGAAGCUCCACACCUCCGAGUACAGCUUCGAGAUCAAGAACUUGAGCAAGAAAACGAAGCUGACCGUCAACCAGACGGAGCUGGGCUACCUGAACAAAAUCGACCUGCCCUGGAAGUGCAUCAUCUGCUUCGGGGACUACCAGAUCCUGGCAGAGAUUCAAGAAGGGGAGGCCGUGGAUUAUUUUGAGACUCACUUGCACUUGGCUGAAGCACCCAUCUUGCAGGAAAGGUGCCUGCCAUCCCUGCAGCCUAUCCCCGAGAACGGCAUUACUCCUUCCUUUCCUCUUUGCCAAGGCAAAAGCCCGACAGAGAUUGACGAGAACGAGCUGUACUAGCAGGGAGAAGGAGGCUGGAUCAGCUUUUGUAGCUCCAACAGACACGGCCCUCACCUCAGCCCGGUGUUCUUGGCUGUGCACACCAGUCUUCUUUGCUUGGUGUUUCCAGCACAGACGUUCCAGAGCACUGCUCCACAGGAAUGGAUUCUUGCCACUGCCUUCACAGAGGGCUCUCUGAUGCCCAGAAAGGUGUGGGAGAUGAGGGGUCACUCAAAUCCAUGGAAUCCCAGAACUGUGGCCACGUGCCUUGGAGGGGUAUUUAACAGGCAUUAAUACAGCAGGGGUUUUGGUCCCAGCCCAGGGGUGACACAAUGUCUUGUUGCAUAUUUUACUUCGUGCUCUCUUUUGCACACCAAAUUCCAAACAGUAUUUUUUUUGUGAGCCUAGGUUGUAACUUCACAGAUUUUGCAACUUGGAAACACUUUGUCCUUUUAAAUUUAUGUUUUCAUUAGCUUCAAAGCAAGGUUUCUGUUUUAUUUUUACUUAUUUAAUUAACUUUUUUUUUUUUCUGCAAGUUAACUACUUUUGCUUGUGAUGUAGACAAACAUGUAGCAUCAAUGAUCAUGGUCUAUAAAAAUACACAUUAAUUUUGCAAUAAAUACAUUUUGUUCCCUA